ACGCGCAGCUCCCGCCCAUUUCAUCCAGCUCCAAGGAAGGAAGGAGGAACUGCUCGAGCCGCAUGUGUCUGCAAAACCGUGCUGCUAUGUGACUCCCUGGGAUUAUUUAGCUGGUUUUGCGGUCGGUGGGAAGCAAGGUUGGAAAGUUUGUGAUCACAGCCGGUAUUUUGGGGGGUGCGGGGCGCAUUGGGAAGGUGGUGCAAGUGGUUUCGGAAGUGGAGCGUGGCAGCGAAAAGGAAAAAGGGGGGCUUUUCUUUCCCGUGUGAUACCAGAUAGCUUUCGCUUGCUUUGCCACGACGGGACUGACGUAGAAUAUGGCGGAGCAUCACCCGGUUGCCGACAACAAACACAAAUCCUCGCUCAACUCCGGAGCGUCGUACUCGGGGAACGGGCGCAGCAGUACGGCGGUGGCGGAGAGAGGCAGUAACGCCGGGGCUGGAGGAGGAGGCGGAGGAGGAGGUCUGUCCGGCGGCCUGUCGCAGCCGGCUGGGUGGCAGUCCUUGCUGUCUUUUACCAUCCUGUUCCUGGCCUGGCUCGCCGGUUUCAGCUCCAGGCUCUUCGCUGUCAUUCGCUUCGAGAGCAUCAUUCACGAGUUUGACCCCUGGUUCAACUACAGGUCGACUCACCAUCUCACCACCAAUGGCUUCUAUGAGUUCCUCAACUGGUUUGAUGAAAGAGCCUGGUACCCUCUGGGUAGGAUAGUAGGGGGCACGGUGUACCCCGGGCUGAUGGUCACGGCGGGUCUCAUCCACUAUGUGCUCAACUUUCUGCACAUCACUGUCCACAUCCGAGACGUGUGCGUCUUCCUCGCCCCGGUGUUCAGCGGUCUGACCUCCAUCUCCACCUUUCUGCUGACGAGGGAGCUGUGGAACCAGGGGGCGGGGCUGCUGGCGGCCUGCUUCAUUGCCAUUGUCCCCGGCUACAUCUCCCGCUCUGUGGCCGGCUCCUUCGACAAUGAAGGCAUCGCCAUCUUUGCCCUGCAGUUCACCUACUACCUCUGGGUGAAGUCGGUGAAGACGGGAUCCGUCUUCUGGGCCAUUGGAUGCUGCCUCUCCUAUUUCUACAUGGUGUCAGCUUGGGGCGGUUAUGUGUUCAUCAUCAACCUUAUUCCUCUUCACGUAUUCGUCCUGCUUCUCAUGCAGCGCUUCAGUAGGAGAGUCUAUAUAGCCUACAGCACCUUCUACAUCAUCGGCCUGGUCUUGUCCAUGCAGAUCCCCUUUGUGGGCUUUCAGCCAAUCAGGACCAGUGAACACAUGGCCGCAGCAGGUGUGUUUGUACUGCUGCAGGUCUAUGCCUUCCUGCAGUACCUGAAGGACCGACUGACCAGGCAGGAGUUCCAGACUCUCUUCUUCCUGGGCGUCUCUCUGGCUGCUGGCGUGGUUUUCCUCUCAGUCAUCUAUCUCACAUACACAGGCUACAUUGCUCCAUGGAGUGGGCGCUUCUACUCCCUCUGGGAUACUGGCUAUGCUAAGAUCCACAUUCCCAUUAUAGCAUCAGUAUCAGAGCACCAGCCCACCACCUGGGUGUCCUUCUUCUUUGACCUUCACAUCCUCGUCUGCACCUUCCCAGCAGGCCUCUGGUUCUGCAUUAAGAACAUCAACGAUGAACGUGUCUUUGUGGCCUUGUAUGCCAUCAGCGCCGUGUAUUUUGCCGGCGUAAUGGUGCGUUUGAUGCUGACUCUGACUCCGGUGGUGUGCAUGCUGUCGGCGGUGGCCUUCUCCAGCGUCUUUGAACACUACCUGGGAGACGACAUGAAGAGGCAGAGCCCGCCUGCAGAGGACAGCAGUGAUGAGGACGACAGGAAGAACGCCGGAAACCUCUAUGAUAAGGCUGGUAAAGUGCGUAAACAUGUAUCAGAGCAGGAGAAGGCAGAGGAGGGCCUGGGCCCCAACAUCAAGUCCAUCGUCACCAUGCUGAUGCUGAUGCUGCUCAUGAUGUUCGCUGUCCACUGCACCUGGGUCACCAGCAACGCCUACUCCAGCCCCAGUGUGGUUCUAGCAUCAUACAACCACGAUGGCUCCCGUAACAUCCUGGAUGACUUCAGGGAGGCAUACUAUUGGCUGAGGCAGAACACAGACGAGCAUGCCAGAGUGAUGUCCUGGUGGGACUACGGCUAUCAGAUAGCAGGCAUGGCUAACAGAACCACGCUGGUCGACAACAACACGUGGAACAACAGUCAUAUAGCACUGGUGGGCAAAGCCAUGUCGUCCAAUGAGAGCGCAGCAUAUGAAAUCAUGAGGUCACUGGACGUCGACUACGUCCUGAUCAUCUUUGGAGGGGUGAUUGGCUACUCGGGCGACGACAUCAACAAGUUCCUGUGGAUGGUGCGCAUCGCAGAGGGGGAGCACCCCAGAGACAUCAGGGAAAGUGACUACUUCACCCCACAGGGAGAGUUCAGAGUGGACAAAGCCGGCUCCCCAACCCUCCUCAACUGCCUUAUGUACAAAAUGUCUUACUACCGCUUUGGAGAAAUGCAGCUGGACUUCCGGACGCCACCAGGUUUCGACCGAACACGCAACGCUGAGAUCGGCAACAAGGACAUAAAGCUGAAGCACCUGGAGGAGGCGUUCACGUCAGAGCACUGGUUGGUCAGGAUUUAUAAGGUGAAAAAGCUGGAGAACAGAGACCGGGUAGAGCACAAACUGCGAGGCACUGACACCACCAAGCAGAAGUACACCUCCAAAAAGACAGCCAAGAGGAAGCGCGGAUACAUCAAGAACAAGCUUAGCCUCAAGAAGGGCAAGAAACUGACCAAGAAAUCUUUAUAGGAAGUUCACCACCAACAGAACACCACUGUGGACGGGAGACAAGAAAAAUCUUAAACACAAAACUUUCAACAAAAACAAGCAGCAACAGUAAAUCCACCAAUUGAGACGAGUAAGGAACAGCAGAGGUUCUCCAGACCCCGUCAUCCCGCGCGUCCUCACCUGGAGGUCCAGGCUGGAAAUGUUACCAUCACCUAACAGAAUGUGUCGAACCCCAGCUGACCUUUGACCCCGAUAACGGGGGUCAAAGAGGCCGAGAAAGGGAGAUGUUGGCUUGUCCGAGAUCCUCCCCACACUGGUUUUAACCUGAGGAACUGUGACCUUUGACCCGCUUUUCUUUUUGUACUUGAAUGUGAUGGGAGACAGAGAGAGCGAGAGAGAUUAGCUGUCCUGAGUGAGGGACUCAGUCUGGAAGCAUCGCAUCAUUCAGAUAGAAAUACCAACUGUGUAGAGGAGCCUUCAGAAAACAGACCACUGCUCUGCCGUGUCCUCAAGUCAGCGCCCAAACCCGACACCCGCUCAAAUUCAGGCAAAGAGCGAUUUUAGGAUGACACAACUCCUUUAUGGGGUUUGUUAAAUCCUUCAUAGAUAUUCAAUUCAAUGGGAAAGAAGAGAAAUCUGAAUAUUUUUUUGAGUUUUAUGCAGCAGCUUUUGUGCUCAGAUGCUUUUGGAAAUCCACUGGAACAUACUUGUCUUUUAAUUGUUCCAUUUGCUUUAAUUCUCCCGAUAACACACAGGAGCACGCAUGUACACACACGCGCCAACUAGGAAAAGCCAUUGCUCUUCAUACAACCUCAGUGGACUGCAACCAACUAUUAUUUUCACCAGCCAGAUAUUUAAGUUUAUUAAAUGUUGAAAAAGAUUGAAAAAUCGCAAUUUUACAGAGCCCAAAGUGACGCACAAGAUUUUCUUUUUGUCCAACCAGCAGUCCAAAGAUUCUUCAUUUACUAUUAUAAAUGACAAAGAAAAGUAGCAAAUGUUUCACAUAUUUGCUUGAAAAAUAACUGAAACUAUUAAUCCAUUAUUAAAAUAGUUAAAAUAAUUUUCUUUUGAUUGACUAAUAGGUUAAUUGAUCAAUUGUUGCAGCUCUACAACCUCAUAGUGCUGCAUGCACAGUACAGGCUACUCAAAGGAUACUUUCCUAUUAUCACAACCUUUUUCAUAGUUUCUAUCAGUAAAAAUUACAUUUUACUCACCAGGUUAAUUGCUGAGACUUCAGAACUCAGCUGCAUCAGUAAAAAAGAAGUCAGACUGACCAAGAAACAUCAGAAGUCUCACAGUCAGACUCAUUUUAAAGAAGUCUUCAGAGAAAACCAAUGAAACAGUUAAAUUAUUACCCCAGUUGCUAACAUCAGUCCCAGUUUACCUUCUUGCUUCCUGGUUCAUCUUUAAUCUACUGUACUUGCGUCGUGUGCUCACGUUUCCUCUGCACUCAAAGUGAUGAAGAGGUACUCCAGUAAUUUCAUCCUGCACUUCCAUGUAGUGUGUGUAACAAAAUACACAUUAAAAAAAGGAAUUGUCCAAAUCUGAGCAGCACAUGGUGAGAUAUUUUGAUUUUUUAAUUUAGUUAAGCUCCGGAAACACUGGAUCCUACAUUUCCUAUAAUGCUGCAUAAACCAGAUCAUGUCUUUCUCCUGAUCCUCCACCCCUCCUGAAUACUCACGUCUUCAAAGCUGCAGUGUGGAGGGUUUAGUGGCAUUUAGCGGUGAGGUUGCAGAACUGAAAUGGCCCUAUGUGGAGCCAGUGUUAGGUUUGUCCCUUCUGGGCUGCUGUAGAAACAACAUGGCAGACUCUGGAAAAGGACCCACUCUGUAUGUAGGUAUAAAUAGCUCAUUUUAAGUAACGAAAACACAAUAAUUAUUAUUUCCAGGUGAUUAUACACUAAUGAAAACUAAAAUACUAUAUACCAUUUCUGCCAAUAGGUGCCCCUAAAUUCCACACACUGGACCUUUAAAAAAAAACAAAACCUUUAAAAAGCCCUUAUUUUCAUUCUGUCACACAACCAGUGGCAUAAAGAGGCUUUCCUUCAGCACAUGUGAUCUGUUAUGAUCUGACACAUUUUCAUUCCUUCUGCGAAACAAACGUUCCCUAUAAUUUACUCCUCUUUUUUCUUGUUUCUUGAAGAUUUUCCAAGAAGCAAAAGCCAUCCUACUUGAGUCGUGAGGUUUUUAAAUCAGGAAAACGCCAACUUGAGCAAAGCCAGGUGGAGAGGACAGCAUUGGCCUUAGAGAAAUAAAAGCUGGUUUUCCCAGAGCUCAGUGAGUCAGUGAGUGUAUUUAUUCCGUGGACGGAGGCUGCGAUGACGAAAGCAAAGGGCAGUGUCCUAUCACGAAUGCAAUGAUUUAGUUUGGUUUUUGAUUUUUAAGUCAAGGUUUCUUCCAUCAAUUGUAAUGAUCUGGAUGCAGGUGUGAGAAUGAAACAUGCCUUUUUGAAUAAAGAGGUUGAAAUAA